AAGGUUGAAGGGAUUCUUCAAAACACCGGAAAUGACAUCACUCUAACUUUCAAAAAUGACAUCAGAAACCAGAUCAACGUCACUGGUGGGCCUCUUUCCUACGUGUUUCGGAUCACUGAUGUCAAAUUUCACUUUGGAAGAAAACAACGGGCGUCCGAACAUCAGAUCAACAACAAGUCCUUUACAGCAGAAAUGCACAUUAUAGGAUAUAAUUCUGAAGUCUACAGCACGAUAGACCAAGCCAUGAAUGGAGUCAGAGGUCUAGUCGCCAUAGCUGUUUUUAUUGAGAUAGGCCUGGAAUCUAAUGAUCCCCUAGAACUGAUAACAAAGCGAUUAAAGAAUAUACCGAUGAAAGGUAAUAAAAUCAACAUAAGCUUCAACUUCAAUGACCUUAUUCCCAAUACAACGGAAUAUAUGACGUAUGAAGGAUCAUUAACGAUACCCGGAUGUCAAGAAAGCGUCACAUGGAUAAUUUAUAAUAAACCUGUAUACCUUUCUUCAGACCAGAUGAAACUCUUCCAAACAAUACCACAAAUGCGUUGGAUCCACACGAAUAGUAGAUCUGUCAUGCCACUCAACCAAAGGGUCAUACGAACCAACAUCAACGUCAAACAAAAAACUGACAUUUGUACGAUAGAACAACAUUUUAAUUACAAAGUAAAUGAAAUGUUUACUUCAUGACAAAUGAAUGGCCUUUCAACCCAAGGGCAGACAACCCUGGAUCUGCCACAGUGACGAAGUGCCACAACUAUAUAAAGAUCAAGAUUGCCGUUUCAUUUUGUGCUCACUUUUACAGAUUAUUAGCAUUCAUCAGAUGCUUGAAUGUUUAUGGUGCUAUAUGACUGGAUUGGUUUCCAUAUUUUUAAAAUCGACGAGUAUUCAACGUAAUGUUAUAAAAAUACGAAAAAGUAGUGUUUUUCAGCUGCAAUGCGCAAGUCAGAAACAUACCUGUGCGAUAUGGUACUACCCGGUGGUGCUAAAAUCACGUGACAUUAGAAUAUGCAACGUUUGACAUGAACUCACGUGUACGUUUGAGAUUUAUUUGUUUGAAAUAUUGCAAUGGGUGUUUAUGAGCUAAUAAUGAUUAUAACAUGAAAUCAAAGAAGUAUAAUUUUUGGAAAAUCAGAUUUUUUUAAGAAAACCUUAAAUAUAAUGAACUUUAUAACAGACGUUUUAACCGAUAUUGUUUAGAAAGAAUCUGAAGAAAAUCUUAUAUACUUUGUGGAUUUUUUUCCUCGUGUUUUUCAAAAAUUAUGUGAUGAAUCAGUGACAGUCACUACAACCCUUUGUCAACUGGCAUAUUUUUAUUGUGUGAGCUGUGUAGAGGGUUUUUCUAUAACAUACAUGCAGGCGUCGGAACGGGGGGUGGGGGUUAGCCCCCCCCCCCCCCCCCACACACACACACACUUUUUUUGCAAAGAUAGACAUAAUAUAGACAUUGAAUAUUGGGGUUUACCUUUUUUAUUGGUUUAGCCCCAAAUUUCAAUUAGCCAUCCCACUUUUAAUUUGCUUCCGACGCCUAUGUAUAAUCAAUAGAAUAGCGUAUUUUCUGGUUAAAAAUUGUUCUUUAUUUUAGAGGAAUUAAACAUACUGUAAGUUGUAGUGAGACGCCUAUUAAGUUUUGCUUUGUUUUCAAAUAAAUUUGAAAGUGCCAGGUAUACAUGAUAUUUAUUUCUGAAAUAUACCCCGAGGACGAAAAUAAGAUUAGUUUAUUAGGAUGUUUCAGACAAACAUUAUUUGAAAGCAUCCCCAUGAAGUCCUGUUAUCAAGUUUGAUAAUUUCACGCCCCUUAUGGGACUACAAAUUUGAGAACAUAGUUUUGCAUAUCAUGAUCUAACAGAAAUUUACUGUUAAAUUACAAAAAUCUUAGUGAGGAGUUAAUGUACGUUCUUUUAGCUGUAUGAAGAGACCAACGAGUUUACGAUAUAUCUAAAACGCAAUGUCAAGUCACCAUCCAGAAAAUCAAUUCCAUAGUUGUUUUUUUUUUAUCUCAAGAAAAUUAGACUCCACAAACAUAUGUUUCUACAGUAUAGAAUUUCAAUAUACCGAAACGGUGAAUUGAAUAUCAUGGGCAUUCAGUUUACAGUUCUAAAUAUGUGUUUUAUUUAUCAUUAUUAUCAGGAAAAGAAAGAUCCAUGAGGUUAGCGUUGUGGCCUAUGGGCCUUGUAUUAUGUAAGGUGUGUAUACAUUUGUAGAUGUGACAUAUCAUGAGAAUAUAUUCAUUUUUUAUCAUUGAUUGGUGAGUUUUAUAUACAAACAUUUUGUGAAGUGAUUGUUUUAAGUAAAAAUAAA